AGGAGGAGGAGGAGAGAUCAUGAGCGGCCAUGACUCCAAGUACUUCACCACCACCAAAAAGGGAGAGAUCCACGAGCUCAAGGAGGAGCUCAACUCGCAGUACAAGGACAAGAAGAAGGAUGCGGUGAAGAAGGUGAUUGCUGCAAUGACGGUGGGCAAGGACGUGAGCAUGCUCUUCACCGAUGUCGUCAACUGCAUGCAAACCGAGAACCUGGAGCUCAAGAAGCUCGUCUACCUCUACCUCAUCAAUUACGCCAAGAGCCAGCCGGAUCUCGCCAUUCUCGCAGUCAACACAUUUGUCAAGGAUUCUCAAGAUCCCAACCCCUUGAUCCGAGCCCUGGCUGUCCGGACCAUGGGCUGCAUUAGAGUUGACAAGAUCACCGAGUACCUGUGUGAUCCACUGCAGAGAUGUCUCAAGGACGACGACCCCUACGUCCGAAAGACAGCCGCUAUCUGUGUUGCCAAGCUGCACGAUAUCAAUGCCGAGCUGGUUGAAGACCGAGGCUUUCUGGAAAUCCUCAAGGAUCUCAUCUCCGACAGCAAUCCGAUGGUGGUUGCCAAUGCUGUCGCUGCCCUUGCCGAGAUCCAGGAGGGCACCACCAAAAUCAUCUUCGAGAUCACAAACCACACUCUCUUCAAGCUCCUGGCUGCCCUCAACGAAUGCACAGAGUGGGGUCAGGUCUUUAUCCUAGACGCUCUCUCAAGAUACAAAGCCAAGGACGUCCGCGAUGCAGAGAACAUUGUGGAGAGAGUGACACCGCGCCUCCAGCACGCUAACUGUGCGGUGGUUCUCUCCGCUGUCAAGGUUAUUCUGCAACAAAUGGAGCUUAUUACGAGCACUGAUGUUGUCCGGAAUCUGUGCAAGAAAAUGGCACCACCUCUCGUCACGCUUAUCUCCGCUGAACCAGAGAUUCAAUACGUGGCCCUGCGGAACAUCAACCUCAUUGUGCAGCGCAGGCCGACUAUUCUUGCUCAUGAAAUCAAGGUUUUUUUCUGCAAGUACAACGAUCCCAUCUAUGUGAAAAUGGAAAAGCUAGAAAUUAUGAUCAAGCUUGCUUCUGAUCGAAAUAUUGACCAGGUGCUGCUGGAAUUUAAAGAAUACGCCACGGAAGUUGACGUUGAUUUUGUUCGAAAAGCCGUUCGAGCCAUAGGUCGAUGCGCUAUCAAGCUUGAGCGGGCAGCAGAGCGCUGCAUUAGCGUCCUCCUCGAGCUCAUAAAGCUCAAAGUUAACUAUGUCGUGCAGGAAGCGAUAGUAGUGAUCAAAGACAUCUUCCGCCGCUAUCCAAACACGUACGAGUCCAUAAUCGCAACGCUUUGUGAGAACCUGGAUAACUUGGAUGAACCCGAAGCCAAGGCGUCCAUGAUCUGGAUCAUUGGUGAAUACGCGGAGCGCAUUGACAAUGCGGAUGAGUUACUCGAAGGUUUCCUCGAGACGUUCCCCGAGGAGACCGCCCAGGUCCAGUUGCAAUUGCUGACGGCGACUGUGAAGCUUUUCCUGAAGAAACCAACGGAGGGGCCACAGCAAAUGAUUCAGGUUGUGCUUAACAAUGCAACACAAGAGACGGAUAAUCCAGACCUUCGCGAUCGUGCAUACAUUUACUGGCGAUUGCUUUCCACGGAUCCGGAGGCAGCCAAGGAUGUCGUGCUCGCGGAGAAGCCGACCAUUAAUGAUGACUCGAACAUGUUGGAGCCGUCGCUCUUGGAUGAAUUGCUUUCAAACAUUGCUACGUUGGCUUCGGUUUACCACAAGCCUCCGGAUUCUUUUGUGAGCCGCGUCCGUGCAACAGUCCAGCGUGACGAUGACGAAGAAUAUGCAGCAGAGAGUCUUGAUCCAGAGUCGUCUUCUGCACCAGUCUCGGAGAUUACCACCUCCGUGGCUGCGCCAGGAGGUGUCCCAGGGCAGCCUGCUGCUGCUCCUGAUCUUCUAGGAGACUUGAUGGGUUUGGAUGGAUCAGCUGAUCAACAAUCAAUGACCAGAUCACUGCCAGUUCUGCUUAGUGCGUCCGCGGGCCAGGGCUUGCAAAUUAGUGGCAAGCUGGUUCGCAGGAAUGGUCAAGUGGUUUACAGCCUGACGUUCGAGAACAGCUCACAGAUACCACUGGACGGCUUCAUGAUACAGUUCAACAAGAACACAUUCGGUUUGGCAGCUGCGGCUCCGCUUCAACUGCCACCUUUGGUACCUGGACGAUCCGAAAGUGUGGCGCUGCCGAUGGUGAUGUAUCAGAACGUUGCUCCCGGCCCUCCAAACUCCCUUCUCCAAGUUGCUGUUAAGAAUAACCAGCAGCCAGUCUGGUAUUUCAACGACAAGAUCUCUAUCGAAGCUUUGUUUGGCGAAGAUGGGAAAAUGGAACGACAGCACUUUCUGGAGACUUGGAAGACUAUUCCCGACUCACACGAGUUUAUCAAGGAGUUACCCAGUGUUUGUGUCAACAGUGUGGAGUCAGCAAUCCAGAAGCUGCAAGCCACCAACCUGUUUUUCAUUGCACGCAGGGCCCAGAAAGAAACGAGGCAAGAGCUGCUUUACCUGUCCGCCAAAGUUCCCCCCAACAUUGUUUUCCUUCUGGAGCUGGCGACCGUGGUUGGGACGGCAGGUGUUAAGUGCGCCGUCAAGACGGUAUCCCCGGAGAUGGCACCGCUUCUCUUUGAUGCACUUGAAGCGCUGUUGAGUACAUGAAUCUCUACCUCCUUGCAAGCGGCGGCUUCGGAAGGCUCGUACUUCCCAUUUUGUUGCUUAGAUAUAUAAAGUAUUUGCAGUGUGCGAUUUAAGUGUAAACAACAAAUUUCAACCUAAGAUUCAAUGUUUGCUCA